AUGAAGAGAUUUUCACUAAUGUUUACGUUGAUGACGGUGAGCAUCAUCCUCUCGUUCUCGAUCUGUCAAGCACAACUUUCUCCAACAUUCUACGAUCAAUCUUGUCCGAAUGCUCUCACCAAGAUUCGAUCCUCCAUUAGAACCGCCAUAGCUCGUGAGCGACGAAUGGCCGCGUCUCUUAUCCGCAUGCAUUUCCACGACUGUUUUGUUCAUGGUUGCGACGCGUCGAUAUUGCUCGAGGGGACAUCAACGAUAGAAAGCGAGCGAGAUGCAUUGCCAAACUUCAAAUCCGUAAGAGGUUUUGAAGUCAUAGACAAAGCCAAAUCCGAAGUCGAGAAAGUUUGUCCCGGCAUUGUUUCUUGCGCUGACAUCUUAGCGGUUGCGGCAAGAGACGCUUCCGAAUAUGUGGGAGGCCCGAGAUGGACGGUGAGACUCGGAAGGAGGGAUUCAACAGACGCGUUCAAGGCCCUGGCCAAUAGUGGUGAACUUCCUGGCUUUAAAGAUAGCCUUGACCAACUCUCUGGUCUCUUCAGCAAGAAAGGCCUUAACACAAGAGACCUUGUGGCUCUCUCAGGAGCUCACACCAUAGGGCAAUCUCAAUGCUUCUUGUUCCGGGACAGGCUUUACGAAAACUCGAGCGACAUCGACGCAGGAUUUGCCAGGACGCGCAAACGCGGAUGCCCAACAGUGGGAAGUGAUGGCAAUCUUGCAGCCUUGGAUCUUGUUACGCCUAAUUCUUUCGACAACAAUUACUACAAGAACUUAAUGCAAAAGAAAGGACUUUUAGUAACCGAUCAAGUUUUGUUCGGAUCCGGUGCAUCAACCGACGGCAUUGUGUCGGAAUAUAGCAGAAACCGAUUGAAAUUCGCGGCAGAUUUUGCCACAGCCAUGAUCAAGAUGGGUGAUAUUGAACCUCUUACUGGCUCUACCGGAGAAAUCAGAAGGAUAUGCAGCUUCGUUAAUUAACAACAAUCAUGCAUUUUAUUGCUUGUUAAAUUUAUUUGUUGAUUCUUUGUUGUAAUUGUUUGUAAUUUCUGCCACCAA